AUGAUUAGUGAUUUUGACACAAGUAAAACUGUAUUUUAUUCUAGACCUUUAAUAAGGAUGGUUAUGAGGGAUGGUUAUUUAUUGAGGAGAAGUCAUUUCCGGACAUCAUUUAAGACUAAUGAGGCGCAACACCGGAAAUUUAAUAAUAAUACUACAGGUACUACAGAUGUUGCUGGUUACUUUAAUAACAAGAGGGAAAAUAACAGUGCAAAUAAUCAGUCUAUACAAUUUCUCGGAGGAGCAAGACCGGAAAGACAAAGAAGACAUCCUCAGGAAAUGGAUAAUAAAUGGCAACGAACACCAGUUAUACCACGACAUGGUAAUUCUAACCCUAGACGUGCACGAUUGGCUGAACAACACAAAGUACAACAGAAGUAG